AUCCCUAUCUAAUGUGCUAGUAGGUAAAGCAGCCAGUGCUGAUCUAGGCUGAUAGGCAGCUAGUAGAGCUCAAUCAACGAGUAAGAUGGCAUUGUCUAAUUUUCUGGGAAUCGGGAUAAAAUUCUCUGGUUAUUGCAAUUUAGGAAAUAUAGCUCUCUGUAAAAACUGGGCAAAUCUUGGAAGGUAUGUGCAUUUGAUGUUAUUAUACAAUAGACUACAAUUAGUAAUAUAUACAUGAUAAUAAGUAAAAGGAAAACAUACCACUUCUGUGCUGACUAGUCUGAGAUAGUUGGCUUAGAUGAUAAUUAACAACAGCUAUAGAAGCUUUGACCAACUUACUGAUGCAUAAAAAUAAUGUUUUCAAGACGUGCUUAAAGGAUUUACAGAGAGCAUAUGCCUGUAAAUUACUAGACUGUAAUUAAGAAGAUGAACAAUGGAAUAAAAAUUGUACACCUGUUCUAUUUCAUAUUUGGAUGUAUUACGUGAUGGAAUACAAAGUAGAAGAUUGCUGAAAUACAGUUUAAAAAAAAUUACCAUUAUCUAAAUGAAUAAAUACCUCUCAGAAGCUACAGCAUUAGUGGUUCGAUUUGUUGUACAACUAUUGCUGCUAAAAUAACCUGUUCUGUUGAGUAGGUAAAGGACUAGACAAGCCCAACCUGCUGCAGGGCUGCCCAGGGCGGUAUGGCUGCUCGCUGUUCCCAUUGCUCCCAGCCACACUGGCUGUGUAAUAUCAACAGAAAGAAAAAUCAAACUCUUCUCCAACAAAGAGCUCUGGCGAUAUCAGAAUGCAUAUCUUGAAUGGCACUUAAAUAAGAGGAAAAUACAGAUGUGUGUACAAAACAACAGUCCUCAAGUAACAAGGAAGGAAGCCUAGGAAAAGUCAGUGAGGACUUGAUUCUAGUAAAAAGUCAUGUAAGUAGAGAUUUAUUUGUCCCCCUUUCACAACAAAAAAUACUCAAACGACAACAUAAAUUCCCAGCACCACUGAUCCUUCUUCUAUCUACAACUAAUAAGAUAUAAAAUACAUCAUCUUCCUAAACAGGAUUAGCUUACUGGAAGUGGGUACCUGCACUGCAGAUGUUUAGGAGUCAUAUAGAGAAAUAACAAGAGUCAAUCAAUCAUCUUCAAGGACUAGGAAAGGAAGAGUUGCCUUAUAGCCUGUUAUUUUAUUAGUCUUUAAUGGAAUUCUUUUUCUUUUCUUAUUUGCAUUUCUUUACUUUAAGCCCUAUAUCUAUAUUUCAGUUCUUCACUGCUGUUCCUCUACCAUAAAACUUUCUAAUCUAAAUUAGUUGGUUAAAUUCAUCCCUGACCUCCACUGCAUAUGGCAGAGUGUGGUAGGGCUUAAUUGAACAUAAUCUAAUUUUCAUUUGUUCAGGCAGCUUUCUGAGGCAAUGGUUAAAGUGAGCAUUACUUCUGAAGACCUCUGAACAUCAAAAGCAGCAAAAAUAAGAAAAACGUAAGCAUGUUGUGAAAAUAUGUACCUAUUCUUGUCUAGUGAGCUUAAAAGGGUGCUGUAGUCAAAUGCAAGCUAAAGGCAUGCCCAACUGCAAAACGAAAGAAAAAUUAGUUGCUUUCCAUCCAAUCAUUUGAGACAAAUUCUUUACAGCUAGUUCCACUGAGCAAACCUUGGUAAAUAUCCUUGCAGAAUGAAGAUAAAUUGAAAUGGUGAUUACAACAAAAAAUAAAAGUGAGAGGGUUUUUAUGAAUAACAAAACCUCCUAUUAAAUCCCUAAUCAGGCUGGAGUCUUUAAUGUUACAGGCAGUGCCCUUGGCAAGGGAACAACUAGGAAUAAAAAAAAAGUUAUUAUUAAAAGAACAAUAAACUGCUUUAGAUACAUCAAAACCAAUUAGGCAUUAGUUUUAACAUAGCCUAAAGCUAAACACAGUAAAACAAUAGAGGAUUCUCCCAUUUGCAUCACCUAAAGUUCACAGCCUGAGGAAAGUACCAUGUAUAAAGAAACAAGAACACCUUAUGUGAAUUGUGUAUGAAUUAGCUAAUUACCUUUGGUAAUAUCAGGUGCAAACCUUUAAGGCAAGAGCUUUUGCAGGAAGGACGUAUCAGGAGAGUAGUAAGACCUGAAGAAUGGAGAAAAGGAAGGGACUGCAUCUUUUUCUGAAAUAAGUGGCUUGUCCUUGCUCGCAGACACAAGCAAUGGGCAGGAGUUACACAGCAGUUACUGGUGCAUGUUUACCAAGUCAGGACAUGGCAUUUCAGCAUGAGAAGAGGGAUGAGAAGGCUGAGUGGAUGUCUGCUUUAACACUUUGUUUACUUCAAGGCUGACAUAUUGCCUCAAGUAUUCCUCCUGGUCUGGAAGCAGAGGAGCAACCAAGCCUGGCUCCCACCGCCUCACCUCCCUCCCUCCUCUGCAAUGCCUAUGGAUGGGUAAGGGUGAGGGCAGUUUGUGAUAUUCUCAGAUGGGAAGAUCUGUGUCCAGGAGGGAGAUUGCUCCACCAGGGGAGGUGAACCGUAUCUACGAGAUCCUAGUCUUCAUAUACAGGUCCAUAUUAGCAGCAGCUGUUUGGAAGUGCUUGCAGUGUGCAGCUGCCCAUGACCUGAAUUUCCGUCAUGAAAAGCCUGUGACACCACCAACUUAUGCAGUAGUUCCAUGGAUUAGCUGCCUGUCAGCCCAAAGGUGGCACCUACAUUCCCUGCACCAGUCAGAGAUGUGUUGCCUGUCUUGGUAAUGCUAUGGUCAACAAACUGCCCCAGCUGGAUGGGAAGGAGAUCCACUUGUGUACUCCUGGUCAAUGACACAGUAUCAUCCUUGGUUUUGAAGAGGGGCAGUAGCGACCUUUUCAGCUGGAGGUCUUGGGGAGUGGAAGCAGAAGAGGGUGUCUGUUGUAGUGUUUGAAUUUGGAUUACACAAGUUACACUCUUUGGAUUUUGAAGUAAAGGGGGAAAAAAAAUUACGAUUUUUUUUUUCUUCUACCUGAGUGAUUCUUAAAUGACCUUCACCACUGUCUUAAUAAAACAUGUCUCCUGAUUUAGAACUUAGAAGCUUCUACUUUAAGAAAAUGCCAGGGUAAACUUCCAUUCUGGCAGAGGGGAGUAAAACUGACAGGCAGAAGGAAAUUAGUUCUCAACAGGCAGACAAACAAGUGGGAAGAGUUUAGAAAGCACAGUCAAGAGACAAACUCCAGUAGUGGUACCUGCAAGCAGUAGCUCACAGCCCAUUGCCAAAGAAGUUAGCUCAGUAGCUACUGCCUGAACUACUAGAAGAUAGAUACUAUAUACAGAUUACUUGGUGAGCUUCAUCUCCUUAGUGCUUCCCAGGACCCAGAUUGAGAGCAGGAAGCCAGUCAUCUGUGGGCAAUCCCCAAAAGUGUCUCCUUGGGCCAUCUCACACACUUCAGGUGGCCCAGGAGGGUCCAUACUGGCACCAGCAGCAGCAUCAGGACAGAGGGUUUAGUCAGUGGGGAACUGCUGUCACCUGCACCUCCCAGCUUCUCACUAAUACCAUACAGCCACAGACCAUACCAAAGGGUAUGUAAAGCCUUUACAGAUUCACCCUCAGGCUUUUUUGAGCUGUUUUGCUUCAGGGGCUCCUGUUUGUACUUCGUGAUGGGUGACCAGCUGCAGCUCCACCAUUUUCAUGCCAAGACACCUGCGUCUGCAGCUUUCUGAGAAGAUAUGUCCCUGACUCUCCAAGAACUGGGACACACAACUGAAAGGAGACCAUGCCAACCCAAAAUCAGGAUUACAAGGAAGCCAACAGACCUAUGCCAAACAAAGGAGACCAUGGACUAGGAAACGAGAAGUUCAAACCUGUGGUACCUUGGCCUCAUGUUGAAGGUGUGGAAGUGGACUUGGAAUCCAUUCGAAGGAAAAACAAGGCCAAAAAUGAACUAAAUCAUCAUGGUGGUGGUGAUAAACAGCAAAACAUCAUCCAGAGGCAGUAUCUCACAUUUAAGCCUCAGACAUUUGUAUACCGAGAUCCUGUUUUACAACCUGGAGUCCUUGGUAAUUUUGAACCCAAAGAGCCUGAGCCUCACGGAGUUGUUGGUGGCCCUGGAGAGGAAGCGAAGCCAUAUGUUUUAGGACCAGAUUACAAAGAAUCCAUUCAAGCCAGCAUUAAAGAGUUUGGGUUUAAUAUGGUGGCAAGUGAUAUGAUCUCACUAGAUCGGAGCGUUAAUGACUUGCGUCAAGAAGAAUGCAAAUACUGGCACUAUGAUGAUAACCUGCUCACCUCCAGCGUUGUCAUUGUCUUCCAUAAUGAAGGAUGGUCCACACUCAUGAGGACAGUUCACAGUGUCAUUAAGAGAACACCAAGGAAGUACUUGGCAGAAAUUGUGCUGAUUGAUGAUUUUAGCAACAAAGCACACUUGAAAGAGAGACUGGAUGAGUAUAUUAAGCAGUGGAAUGGUCUUGUAAAGGUAUUUCGAAAUGAGAGGAGAGAAGGUUUAAUCCAAGCUAGGAGCAUUGGAGCCCAGAAGGCUAAACUUGGACAGGUUUUGGUUUACCUUGAUGCCCAUUGUGAGGUGGGAAUUAAUUGGUAUGCACCCCUUAUAGCUCCUAUAUCUAAGGACAGAACCACAUGCACUGUGCCGCUUAUAGAUGUCAUAGAUGGCAACACUUAUAAGAUUGUGCCUCAAGGGGGUGGUGACGAAGAUGGGUUUGCUAGAGGAGCGUGGGAUUGGAGUAUGCUAUGGAAGAGGGUUCCUUUGACCAAGCGAGAGAAGGAAAACAGAAAGACAAAAACUGAACCGUAUCGGUCUCCUGCAAUGGCUGGUGGAUUGUUUGCCAUUGAACGCGAUUUCUUCUUUGAACUGGGUCUCUAUGAUCCAGGGCUUCAAAUUUGGGGUGGUGAAAAUUUUGAAAUUUCUUACAAGAUCUGGCAGUGUGGGGGAAAACUGUUGUUUGUGCCCUGUUCUCGUGUUGGACACAUCUAUCGCCUCCAGGGCUGGCAAGGAAAUCCACCCCCUGUGUACGUUGGGUCUUCUCCUACAUUAAAGAACUAUGUCAGAGUUGUAGAAGUGUGGUGGGAUGAAUACAAAGAUUACUUUUAUGCCAGUCGGCCAGAGACAAAAGCGCUACCCUAUGGAGAUAUAUCUGAGCUGAAAAAAUUCCGUGAAGAUCACAACUGCAAAAGUUUUAAGUGGUUUAUGGAAGAAAUAGCAUAUGAUAUAACUUCUUAUUAUCCACUACCACCUAAAAAUGUGGACUGGGGAGAGAUUAGAGGCUUUGAAACAGCUUACUGCAUUGACAGCAUGGGGCACACCAACGGUGGCUUUGUUGAGCUUGGGCCGUGCCAUAGAAUGGGAGGAAAUCAGCUUUUCCGAAUCAAUGAAGCUAAUCAACUCAUGCAGUACGAUCAGUGCUUAACUAAAGGACCAGAUGGAUCCAAAAUUCUGAUUACACACUGUAAUCAGAAUGAAUACAAGGACUGGCAAUACUUCAAGAAUCUGCACAGAUUUACUCACAUCCCAUCAGGGAAGUGCUUGGAUCGCUCCGAAGUCCUCCAUCAAGUUUUCAUUUCAGAGUGUGACUCCAGUAAAGCUACGCAGAAAUGGGAAAUGAACAACAUUCUUAGUGUGUAGACAGACAAAAACCUACCUACUGACACAUUAAUUUGUACAGGACUGAAAAUAGCCUGAAAACUGCUGCAAUUAUUAACUUUGUACAGCUGCAAGCCUCCUGGCUUGGAUGAAGGACAUAGACGAACUGUGAUUAUUACAAUAACAUUAUCAUCUGCAGUUAAUGUUUACAAAACUGCUUUACCUUAAACUCUGUAGAUGUUUACAUCUUUUUGUUUUAAGAUGUUGGUAAAUUAAUGUGCUGUUAGCUAUGUUUCAUAGGAACAUAGUUAAAAGCGUUGUUGUCUUCUUUGGGAUUACACUCAGGGGUCUGAAGGCAGUUUUUUUACA